GCAGUUUGGCCCUUUGCCGUGGUCGAAAGGUGCUAAUUGCUCUCCAGCUUUGGAGAGUGGGGAUCCAAAAUCUAGUCGGACUCGGAUUCGAUCGAAGCCGCAUUCGCGUUUGUUCUGGUGACGGGACGCUCCUACUCGUGGCCAUGGACCCUCAGACCGACGGCGGCGGCGGAGGAGCGCACGACGUCGCCGCCCUGAAGGAGAUGCGCGACCAGCUGGAGGAUGGCAUCGAGGCCCGCCGUCAAGCCCAGAAAGACCUCAUCGCCUCCCUACAGACCCUCGUCCCCGACCUCGUUUCCUCCCUCGACCUCUCCCUCCGCGUCAUCUCCGCCUUCAACCGCCGCCCAUUUAUCCCCACGCCUAACCCUAACCCUAAUCCUCCCUCCUUCGAUCCACCCCACCCCCUCACCUCCCGCCGCCGCCCCUUUCCUGACUCCCGUUCCCUUCCUCCCUGCACCCGCCCCAAGCCCUCACCCGAGCUCCGCCGCGACCGCUCCCCCCACGACGCCUGCGGUGGCGGCGACCACCUCUCCGUCGUCCGCACCAUGGUCGCCGUAUGCCUUCUUGAGCUCGUCCCCUUCACCGAGACCGACUCCGCCGCACUGCUCCGCCGGCUCGAGGGCGACCAGUCCUCCGCCACACCCGCCGAGAAGGCCGCCCUCGUCGAGGUCGGCGGGGAGCUCGGCCCGAUCUUCGCCGUCGAGACGGCCCUCCGGCGCAUCGCUGAGGAGAGCGGCGGGGUGCAGCUGGAGGAGUUCACUGUGCACGGGAAGUCUGUGUUGAUGAUUUGGGGCAUUGAUCGUAACAAGCUCCUCAAGGAGCUCCCUGAGAGCUCCUCCCAGACUCAGCAGCCACCGGCGGAACCGAGUUCCGGCGAUGGGAACAAUCAGGGUCAGGGGCCGGCUAUGGGCGGAGUCGAUAGCGGUGCAGUGAUGUCGCGGUCUGACAUGUGGAUGGGGCCUCCUGACCCUCAACUUUCUGGCAUGUCUCCUAUGUUUCCGGGGACCGGUGCUCCGCCGCCCAUGGUCGGCCCAAGAGGCGGGCCGAGGGUUAUGGGCUUAAUGGGGAUUCCGAGGAUGAUGGGCGUUCCUCCCCUCCACAGGCCUCUUAUGGGGCCUGGUACUGCUAUGGGUGGCCCAAGUUCGGCGCCUCCGAAGCAAACGACCGAGGAGGAGGAUCUGAAGGACAUUGAGGCGUUGCUGAACAAGAAGACGUUCAGGGAGUUGCAAAAGUCGAAGACCGGGGAGGAGCUUUUGGAUCUCAUUCACCGGCCAACUGCAAAGGAAACUGCUGUUGCGGCAAAGUUCAAGACCAAGGGUGGCUCUCAGCUCAAGGAAUAUUGUACACAUUUAACUAAAGAAGAUUGCCGGCGCCAAACUAGUUCAUUCAUUGCAUGCGAGAAGGUUCAUUUCCGGCGAAUUAUUGCUCCACACACCGAUACAAAUUUGGGUGACUGCUCUUUUCUUGAUACAUGCCGUCACACAAAGACCUGCAAAUAUGUUCAUUAUGAACUUGACCAAACACCCGAUAUACCUCCAAUGAUAAUGGGUGCUGCUAAUCUUCCACCUCCAAAACCUAUUAAGUCCCAGAGGGCUGAAUAUUGUUCGGAAGUGGAACUUGGUGAGCCUCAAUGGAUAAACUGCGACAUUCGUAACUUCAGAAUGGACAUUUUAGGGCAGUUUGGGGUUAUCAUGGCAGACCCACCAUGGGACAUUCACAUGGAAUUGCCAUAUGGUACAAUGGCGGAUGAUGAGAUGAGAAAUCUUAAUGUACCUGCAUUGCAGACCGAUGGUCUGAUUUUUCUGUGGGUCACUGGGCGUGCAAUGGAACUUGGGCGUGAAUGUUUGGAGCUUUGGGGAUACAAGCGUGUUGAGGAGCUCAUUUGGGUGAAGACCAAUCAACUUCAACGAAUUAUUCGAACUGGGCGUACAGGUCAUUGGCUCAAUCAUAGUAAAGAACAUUGUCUUGUUGGAAUUAAGGGAAAUCCAGAGGUGAAUAGAAACAUCGAUACAGAUGUUAUUGUAGCUGAAGUUCGUGAAACAAGCCGAAAACCUGAUGAGAUGUACCCAAUGCUGGAGAGGAUCAGCCCCAGGACAAGGAAGUUGGAAUUGUUUGCUCGAAUGCACAAUACACAUGCAGGGUGGCUCUCACUGGGCAAUCAGUUGCAAGGAGUCAGGUUAGUUGACGAAGGUCUGAGAGCAAGGUUCAAGGCUGCUUAUCCAGAUGUGGAGGUACAACCAGCAUCUCCUCCCAGAACAACUGCUGUGGAUGUAGAUUCAAACACCACACAAAUGAGGAGCUCUUUUAUUGGGACAGAAUCAAAGCAACCAUCAAGCCAAUUUAUGGAACCGGCACCACCUGUGGGCUGUUCUGAAGGAAAGCAAGUGGGUACAGAUGUUGAAACAGCUGCUUAAUAUCAGCAUGCCUAUUUAGUUUCCAUUGUCGUUGGGUGAUCUUAGCUUGUUUGUGGAUGCAUAUUUUCAUCAUGCUGCUGCAUUUUGGCACCAUAUCCCUAUCUUUUGCGAGGCCGCUGCCUCUGUCAGUGUUCAUCUUACAUGCAGAAAAGAUAUAAGCAGCUAAAAUGCUCAUUAACUGCUGUAACUGCAUUUCGUGCGCAAUCCUUUGUAGAAUUGGAUAACCCCCAAUCAGAAAUUCGGACUGCUUUGCUGCUGGACCUAAGCAAAGCAGUGCCAGAGGUGUUGUAAAUGUUAGAACAGCCAUUUAGAUGCCAAAACCUUUAAAAUGUUUGAAUGUAGUUUAGUUUAAAUGGCUGCAAGGGCUGUUCGAACUUUGUGGGAGCUCUACUUUUAUA